AUGUCUCGUAAGUUCGACUUUCAAGACUUGGCAACGGUGACACUGACUCAGACAUGUAGUGAUGUCAUGACAAGACUUAUAGCUGAGAAGCUAUUCGACCCAGGGAGUUUCACAAUUCUGUGCACAAUAGGCAGCUAUGCUUUUGAUAAAGCAUUGUGUGACUUAGGGGCGAGCAUAAACUUGAUGCCCUUGUCUAUGUAUAAAAGGUUAGGCAUUGGAAGGGCAAGACCUACAUCCAUGUUACUACAACUAGCCGACCGAUCGAUGGAGAGACCAUUAGGUAUACUUGAUGAAAUACUUGUGCAGGUUGGAAAGUUAGUGUUUCUUGCAUAUUUUGUCAUUCUGGACUGCCAGGAGGAAGAAGAUGAGGAACUGAAUGAAAAAGAUCCUCUAGCAGCAUGCCUCAUAAACUUAGAAGAGGUAGAUGAUGAGGACUUGGCAGAGAGGGUUUUGGCCCUUGAAGGCCAAGGGGUAGCUUUUGAGGAAUUGAUGAAGAGGCUGGUAAAUGCACCAAUCAUAAUGGCACCUGACUGGGAAUAA